UGGGGCUAGGGGAUACGAAAUCUCCAGCCAAUAGGAAAGGACGCGCGGGUGCCCCAGGUUGGUGUCCGCCGCUGGGGUGAUCUGGCGCAGAGCGGAGGAGGCGCUUGGGGCCCCUCUUCUGCUCCUCCUUCCCCUUUGCUUGCGGCCUCCCAGAGGUCGGCCCAUCUCCUGUGGCCUCCGUGAAAUGUGGAUGACGCCCAAGAGGAGCAAAAUGGAAAUCGACGAGUCUCGGGCUUUCCGGGCCGAGUGGACCCAGCGGUACCUGGUGGUGGAGCCUCCGGAGGGCGAGGGCGCCCUGUGCCUGGUCUGUCGCCGCCUGGUCGCAGCAACGGGCGAACCCGACGUCAAGCAGCACUACGAGGCCGAGCACGAGUACUACGAGCGGUAUGUAGCGGAGGACGAGCGCGCGGCGCUGGUGGAGCGUCUGCGUCGGGGCGACUUGCGGGAGGCCGCCCCGCUCACUCCGGAGCAGAGAAUAGCUCGUGCAGGCCUGGGACUCGCCCGCCUCUUGGCCUUGAAGGGUUGCGGCUGGGGCGAGGGGGACUUUGUGCACCGGUGCAUGGCGGUGAUGCUGAGAGACGUGCUGCCCGACCACGUAGGCGUUAUGGAUGGCAUCGAUUUAUCUCCAGAGACCACGCGGCAGAGGGUCCUGGACAUUCACCAGAAUCUACGCAGUCAACUUUUUAACCGAGCCAAGGAAUUUAAAGCCUAUUCCCUUGCCUUGGACGACCAAGCUUUUGUGGCCUAUGAGAACUACCUGCUGGUCUUUGUCCGCGGCGUCAGCCACGAUUUGGAAGUGCACGAAGAGCUUCUGACCAUAAUCAACUUGACUCAUCACUUCAGUGUUGGCGCCCUCAUGGCGGCAAUCCUUGAGGCCCUGCAGACGGCCGGGCUUAGCCUGCAGCGCAUGGUUGGACUGACCACGACCCACACUCUGAGGAUGAUUGGUGAGAACUCAGGACUGGUGUCAUACAUGAGAGAAAAGGCUGUAAGCCCCAACUGUUGGAAUGUGAUCCACUAUUCGGGAUUUCUUCACUUGGAACUGUUGAGCUCCUACGAUGUGGAUGUUAAUCAGAUCAUAAAUGCCGUAUCUGAAUGGAUAGUUUUGAUUAAGACCAGAGGCGUGAGGCGGCCGGAAUUUCAGGCUUUACUGACUGAAUCUGAAUCAGAGCACGGUGAAAGGGUUAACGGACGCUGUCUAAACAACUGGCUUAGGAAAGGGAAGACUUUGAAACUAAUAUUUUCCUUAAGAAAAGAGAUAGAAACAUUCUUGGUCUCGAUAGGAGCCACGACGGUCCAUUUCACAGACAAGGAAUGGCUCUGUGACUUCGGCUUCCUGGUGGAUAUUAUGGACCACCUUCGAGAAAUCAGCGAACUACUGAGAGUGAACAGAGUCUUCGCUGCCGCCGCCUUUGACCAUAUCUGUGCCUUUGAGGUGAAGCUGAAUUUACUUCAGAGACAAGUCGAAGAAAAAAAUCUGACCCAUUUUGCUGCCUUGAGCCAAGUGGUUGAUGAGCUUAAAGAGAAUCUUCAAGAAGAUGAAAAAAUACUCGAUCUUGAGAGGUAUCGCGGGGUGAUCUGUCGCCUACAAAAAGAGUUUGAGCGACAUUUCAAGGACCUCAAGUUCAUUAAGAAGGACUUAGAGCUUUUUGCUAAUCCAUUUAGCUUUAAACCUGAAUAUGCACCUAUUUCAGUAAGGGUGGAACUCACAAAACUUCAGGCAAGUGCUAACCUUUGGGAGGAAUACAGAACCAAAGAUUUAGGGCAGUUCUAUGCUGGACUGUCUGCGGAAUCUUACCCGAUUAUCAAAGGGGUUGCCUGUAAGGUGGCAUCCUUGUUUGAUAGCAGCAAAAUCUGUGAAAAGGCUUUUUCAUAUUUGACUCGAAACCAACACACUUUGAGCCAGCCUUUGACAGACGAACACCUCCACGCCCUGUUUCGGAUUGCCACCACUGAAAUAGAGCCGCGCUGGGAUGAUCUUGUGAGAGGAAGAAAUGAAUCCAAUCCAUAAACUGUUGUAGUACAACAUUGAAAUACUCAACAAGAAUCCAAUUCUAAAAGCAAACAUCUGUUUGAUUUUCAAGUGUGCUAAUUUGGAUUGUGGGAAGGCGUCAUGUUCUUCAUCAAAAUUGAUCACAAUUGACACGCUUUAGACAGAUUUUUUUUUUCCCCAUCUCGAGGCAGCGUGGGACUGACACCUGCAGAUACCUUUUUUUUCUAAAACUGAAUUUCAUGGCAAAGUCAUUAUCUUUUGCUUUUAUGAUAUAAUUUUUAGAAGUUUAGUACUAAAAUGUGAGUUGAAUCAGAAGUCUGUUUUUAAGGUGUCUCGAAGAAGCUUUUGCUCUUAUUUUAACCAAAAAAGUGUUAAAAUUCUGAUGCGUAUAGUCUGAAAGUAUCAGCUUCUUAAAUAUAUGUUUGAGCCAGUUUGCAGAAACUCACACAGCAACUGCAGAAGCUUCUGCAAAGGAGAAACGUACAUACAGUAGAGGUGUUUUGUCUAAUUAUCAAAAUGUUGGAGACUUUUUUUUAGACAUGUUUCUGAGUCUAAAGUAAAUAUAUUUACUUACUUUAGACAUAUUUCCUCUCUCACCUUCCCUUGCCCCAUGGUAGCGAUAAUGAUAGACAGGAAAUUUUACUCAGUUUGAGUGAAGUUUUAGUCAGAGGAGCAAGAAUUGUUUUAAAUUGCUGGUUUAAGAGGCUUUUACAGUUUGGAGAUCAGACUAACCAAUUUUUGGCAGUUUCCCCUGAAUGCUUCACAGUCGGGUGCCGUUUUUAUGAGCUUGCCUGUAGAAGACUAUGGCAGGCUUACAAAGGAACCUGGAUGAGAAAGAUUGGACAACUUGGUAGUGGACUAAAACAAUGCUUCAGUUGCAUUCGGUACCAGAAAAAGAUAAUACCUGCUUAAGAGUUGAUAUCUGUUUUCCUUCUGUAAGCAUCAACUCUGGGAGAAAAUCACCUGCUCUUUUCCUUUACAGAUGGUUUCUGGCUCUUCUGGGAUUUUAAAGUAAGUAAAUUUCACAAAAUACUAGAAGAAGGACCCAGUCAGCCCUUCUGAUCACUAGGUACUCAGCUCACAUGCUUUCCUACUUGCAGAAUGUCCUCAUCACGCGUCACCUCCCCUAGGAAGGUAACCCGGAAGUGCUUUUUGCUCACUGUAUGCUGCUGAGAGCUGCUCUGUUCCUUCGCUUCCUUGGUCUCAUGCCUCUCUGAACUUCUUUGCUGGGUCACCUGGGCUUCCAGGUGUUGUGAAAGAGCCAUACCCUUCGUCUCUUUUAUCCGUGAGCCAUUUUUUCCAGUUUAAGGGAUGAACUGGUGUUACCCUCUUAAUUGGACUUUUAGCCUGAGGCCCAUUAACUAAUUCAGAGAUUUUAACAGUAAAUGUGAUUGUCAUCCAGUGAUUUGAUCCUUGCUGCAAAACUGGUUUUUACUCAACCUUUGGCAUAAAGGAUUUCUCAUUUUUAUCUCUCUCUGUAAUUGAGACGUAGCCUCUUCCUACCCAGUAAGUACUUGAGUUUGUGAACUCUCUUUAUCCCCUUGUAUUUCUGCUUGCAAACUGAUGAACUCUUUUCUGAGUUCAUCUCUUUCCUGUCUGUUUUGUCAAAUGGGACCAACAGCUACCAUAAAAUAUUUUGUUUCCUUGUCUUAAAGAUAGAUUCUCUGCCUUCCAGAUUCUCUCCAGGGAAUUCUUCCAUUCCAUAACAGGCAUUACCCUGCAGAAAUCACUUCUUCCAUUCUCCAGCAGCAACUUCCAGAAUACCUGCCAACUAAGUCAGUGUUCAGUACUCUAGAUUUUUUGAAAACAGAACCUAUUUCUGUAUCAAUGGGCUAGGUUGCCAUGCGGUAACAGCCACAAUUCCCAGCUGUUCUCUGGUGGUCUGGCGAGGGCUGGUGCUCUUAAGUCAGGGGUUGAAGGCCAUGGGCAAGGUGUGUCCUACAGCCUGUUCGUCUAAACAAAGUUUCUUUAGGAGACAGCCUUACCCGUUUGUUUCUGCCGUAUCUAUGACUGCUUUUCCUCUACCCUGGCAGAGUUGUGGAUUUACAGAGGAAAGUGUCCAGCCCACAGAAUGUAAAGUAUUCACUAUGUGAGCCUUCAGAGAGAGUGUUCACUGAUCCAUGCUCUAAAUGGUCCUCAUUCUGGGGCUCGAGCUGACCAAAUGGAUAUCACCUAGGGUGUGGCUGCUCAUUUAGGGAAAUGAAAAAGUGGGACAAGUCACUUACAGGUCUUUUAAGCACUCUGACUGGCCAGGAAAGAUCCCAUGGCCAUACCAAGUCCAAGGAGUGUGAUCCUUCCGCCUGCGUUGGAAGAAAAGCAGAAAUAUUUGGAAGAUGAUACUGCCAACUAACACAUAGCUGUAUUUCUCUCUCUACAAAAUUUCUUUGAAAGUAUUUUUUCUUUUUAAUUGUGGUGAAGUUUAACAGUUAGUAAAAUGCAAAGACUUACUGCACACCUUGUGGGUUUUUGUGUACACCCUAGAACCCAUCAACGCUUCCAGCACCCUGGUUGCUGCCCGCCUAGGCACACCCGCAGCCUGCCACAGAUAACCACUAUUCUGACCAUUAUCACCAGAGAUUAUAUUUGUUUUGAAGCUUCAUGUAAAUAAUUCUGUGUACUCUUGUUCAACAUUGUAUCUGUGAGUUAUCCAUGUUGUGAUUCGUUUAUUAAUACUUCUCUGUAGUGUUCUGUCGUGUGACUUAGACCACAAUUUAUGAAUCCAUUCUACUGUUGGUGGAAAUUUGGGUUGUUUCCAGUUUGUAGUUGUUAUGAAUAAAGUUCCUACGAACA